AUGUCUAUACUGGAGUUAGACGAAGAUUUGAACAAAGCUAUUCGCAAUCUCGGUAUAAACCCCGACGAAAUCGAGUUGUGUCACCCUCAAAGCGGCUCUGCCAGUUCCCCUUCGUCCCUUUCAAGAGGUGACCAUACCGCUGUUCUACAGCCCCAGCCAUUGAACAGACCUUCUUCUAUGAACAACCAGCCUCUUCAUUUGCGUCCUGCUGGUUUCACCUCCACAAUGCAGCAGCCCCCAGUUUCAAACAUGGCACAGUCCCAACAGCCGCAUCCUGCCGGGACCGAAAGAGGGUUCAACGGCCUACAGAACAGAGCUUCCUUUGUUCGAGCUCCGCCUCAAGUUACAGCACAGAGCAUGGGCCUUUAUAGAAAUGAGCAAGAGUGGAAUAUGGAACGUCUGGCGGAUAUUUUCAAAUGA